ACAACACCCCAGCAUUGCUCCAAGGGGCCAACUCGUUUUUUCUUCUUCUCUUGUUGGCAUCCAAGUCCAAGUCGAUUCUCUCGCCAUUCCUUGCGCUGACCACGUACGCUAGACCGGCAGGCUCCGCUGGUCUCGUCUAGAACCCAAACGCCCAGCAGCACCCACCCAGUGCUCCCAGUUUGUUUCUAGCUACUCUCAUCGACCGACUCGACGUCGGGAACAUCUAGCCCACCCCCACCAAAAUCGGUUUACACAUUCUUAUCUCUUUUAAUCUUUCACCAUCAUCAUGAGUCUUCGUCCACCCGCUACGAGUCGCAGCCCGUCGCCGGCAAACGACAGUGGAAGGGCUGCCACUGCACGUCAGUCUUUGGGGCCUUCUACUAGGGGCAAUGGCGGUCUGGUGCCCUCGUCUCCCCGCCCCGGCGGUAUCAGUUCCAAUGCUCGUCCGACCAGUGAGCUGCUUGGCGGUUCUGGCAUGUUCCAGACACCUGAGGCGGAAGCGCUCGACCAAUGGUUCGAAAACCUCCAGAGCUACGAAGCCACCCUAGAAGAGAUGGCAGCCGCCUCCUUGGACGUUAAUUUCAAAGAAGAACUCAGUGCCAUCGAGCAAUGGUUCAAGGUUCUCUCGGAAGCAGAGCGCACAGCCGCUCUUUACAGUCUUCUGCAACAUUCGACGCAAGUUCAGAUCCGGUUUUUCAUUACCGUCUUGCAGCAGAUGGCAAGGUCGGACCCAAUGACGGCUUUGCUGAGUCCCGCAAUGGGUGGUUCGAUGCAAAGUCAGAUGGAGGCGAAGUUAGCGUCUAUGAAGUCGCCGGGCCUGAAGUCAGGCCUCCCCGCCUCGCCCACUACCCGGAACUUCAGCGGAAACAAUCGUCAGUCGCUCGUUUUGGACAACUCUUCCAACUACCUUUCUCCUGAUUCUGCUGCCGGUCCACCUCCGUCUGCUGACGCCGCUGCGACUCUGGUGCAGCAAAGGGCCAAGUUCAAGGCGACCAAUGCCAAUGCGGUACAUCGCAUUUCGGCACCCGUGCUUUCGUCUCCUUCUGUUGGUGAUGGGCGCCCGACUACCUGGGGCUCACAGCUCAGUCAGCUUGCUGAGCAGAAUGGACCCGCCCAGGAGAUUGCUAUUGGCUCACGCCCGAAAAGCACCGAGUUCGUGGGUUCGCCCCGUCCCUCCAAUGGAGAGGUGACGCUACCCCCAAGCGACAGCUGGGCUAGUAUGGUCAAUACGCCUCUCAUUCCUAUGUUCCAGAAAGAAAAUCGCCUGAAUACUCAGUCACUCGACGCCGCGAGCUCCAAGCUGAAUGAUUGGAACAAGUCUGCUGCGCCGGGCGUUCCCAUGAUGGGCGACCCUACGAUUCACAAACGGUCCUCCAAAACCUCUGCAGGUAACGACAACCGCGAUAUUCAAGGCACCAUCUAUGACGAUAACGGAAAUAUGAUCAAUGCAGGGCAACAACAAAACCAAAACCGCGGUGGCGGUAACUUGAGGAACGCCAACUUGGGUGCUGGUGCACCUGGUGGGGCCAAUUGGUCUGGGGCAAGGAGCCCGGGGCUUCCAGGCUCAAACAACGGCCGAUAUGAUGACGGUGCGGGGAACCUCAACUCGAUGAAUGGGCUUGGGAUGCAGAUGGGUGGAUUUGGGAUGACUCCGCUGGGUAUGCCCAAUAUGGGUGGGAUGCCCCCGAUGAGUCCGUUCAACAAUAUGCUGAGUGCUAUGGGUAUCUCUCCCGAAGCGCAGUUGUUGGCAGCUCAGAUAACUGCGAGCGGAUUUGGACAGGGGAAUUGGCUCGGGAUGCAGCCCCAGAGUGCAGGGCUGAACAAUAACAAUAGACGCCACCCACCCAAGUCGGCCACGAUGAAGAGCCCGAACAGUGCUGGAAGCGGCGGUACGCCCAAGGCUGAGGACGACGUUGACCCGCAGUUGUUGCAUGAUGUUCCUGCGUGGUUGAGGAGUUUGAGGCUACACAAGUAUACGCCGAACUUUGAGGGUAUGAAAGCGGCCUUGGAAGCGAAGGGCGUGGCUGCGCUUGGAGCACGAAGGAAGAUGCUGAAAACGUUUGAGCUAGUUAGGAAGAAGAUGGGCAUUGAAGGUGGACCGCCGCAGUCUAGCUCUGCCGUUGGCUCCCCUUGAAGUGGACAGGAAUAACAGGCCGGAUCCUUUGCUGUGAUUCGAACAGGCGAAAUGUCGCAAGUCUCGGUUCUUGGAUCCAUCUUUUCUCCGGUACAUUCAGUGCCUCCAUUCCCAGCUCUUUUUCUUAUUUAAAAAAGAAUCCUUGUGAUGGCCAAAUUUGGACUACCCACAUAUGUAUUGGCUUCCACCUUAUACUAUUCUAUACCUCUCAGUGAAUGAACGAAUGUUUUUUCCUCGCAAGUUCCGGUCAUGUUGCUCUUUUCAUAUAUUCGUGUAAAUAUAGCAGUUCUCUUGCUAAAUAUACUUGUGG